AGCAGUCCCAACCAACAAAAAUACAUAUUCGUCUCACUGCUCAUCGAAAGAGGUGGAUACUUUUCUCUCUCUGAUUUCUAGGUUUUCAAAAGAAGGGUGAAAAGAUGUUCGGGCGAGGACCCUCGAAGAAGAGCGACAAUUCUAAGUUCUACGAGAUCUUAGGUGUUCCUAAGAGCGCAUCUCCGGAAGAUCUCAAGAAGGCUUACAAAAAAGCCGCCAUCAAGAACCAUCCCGAUAAGGGUGGAGAUCCCGAAAAGUUCAAAGAGCUAGCUCAGGCUUAUGAAGUUCUUAGUGACCCGGAGAAGCGAGAGAUAUAUGAUCAGUAUGGAGAGGACGCACUCAAGGAAGGAAUGGGUGGUGGAGGAGGAGGUCAUGACCCUUUUGAUAUCUUUUCAUCCUUUUUUGGUGGUGGCAGCCCCUUUGGAGCAGGUGGUAGCAGCCGGGGAAGGAGGCAAAGGCGUGGUGAAGAUGUUGUUCAUCCCCUGAAGGUUUCCCUUGAGGAUUUGUACCUUGGAACGACCAAGAAGCUCUCACUUUCUAGGAAUGCUCUCUGCUCUAAAUGUAACGGAAAGGGCUCAAAGUCUGGAGCCUCGCUGAAAUGUGGUGGGUGUCAGGGUACAGGUAUGAAGGUGACAAUCAGGCAGCUUGGACCUGGAAUGAUCCAGCAGAUGCAGCAUGCUUGUAACGAAUGCAAAGGCACGGGUGAGACCAUCAACGACCGGGACAGGUGUUCACAAUGCAAAGGAGACAAGGUCAUCCCCGAGAAGAAAGUUCUUGAGGUGAAUGUGGAGAAAGGAAUGCAACACAGUCAGAAGAUCACAUUUGAAGGACAAGCAGAUGAAGCGCCUGACACUGUCACUGGAGAUAUAGUGUUCGUCAUUCAGCAGAAAGAGCAUCCGAAGUUCAAGAGAAAGGGAGAAGACCUCUUUGUAGAGCACACACUUUCUCUGACCGAAGCUCUAUGUGGCUUUUCCUUUGUCCUCACCCACUUGGAUGGCAGAAAUCUUCUCAUCAAAUCUAAUCCCGGGGAGGUGGUGAAACCUGAUUCAUACAAGGCGAUAAGCGAUGAAGGGAUGCCGAUAUACCAGAGGCCAUUCAUGAAGGGUAAGCUCUACAUCCACUUCACAGUGGAGUUCCCGGACUCGCUAAGCCCUGACCAGACCAAAGCACUUGAAGCUGUUCUGCCUAAGCCUUCAACAACUCAGCUGAGUGACAUGGAGAUAGAUGAGUGCGAGGAGACAACGCUGCAUGAUGUAAACAUGGAGGAUGAGAUGAGAAGGAAAGCACAAGCUCAAAGAGAGGCGUAUGAUGAUGACGAAGAUGAUGAAGACCAUCACGGAGGUGCGCAGAGGGUGCAAUGUGCCCAGCAGUGAAAACCUAUGUGGGGUUUGCCCCUUUCUUUUCUUAUUUUCAGUUUAUUGGACUCAUGGAGUUUGCUACGGUUUAGACUUCCAGUGGAAAACCGAACCAACUUGUUUUUGUUUUCUCAAUCUUAAAUUAAUGACGUGUUACAAUUUUGUGUGUUUUGAUAUUAAACUUGUAGUAAUAUAUUCAAUGUAUAAAAAGUUGAUAAAUCAGGGAAG